CUCUCUCUCUCUCUCUCUCUCUCUUGCCGGCGGGGACCACCGUGGGCUUGGCGUUUCCCUCUCAAGGUUGGUGGCACUUCUCCUCUCGAACGAACGUAACUAAUCCCAUUACAAGGCUAGCUAGCUUGCCAGCAGCUAUAUAUAACCACCCCCCGUCCGUUGCCAUUGUUUCCUUGCACCCCAUCACCGGCAACAACUUCAUUCCCCUCGACUCGACACCAUCGUCUUCCCUCCCAUCAGUUGUUGCUAGCUUUGUAGGCUGUAGCUAGGUGGAUCAUUUCACUCCAGCUACAACACUGUCUUCUUUAUCUAUCCUCUAGUGAUCGCUGUGUGUGAGACUCACCCAUCGACCAUGAGCAUCUCCGUGAACGGGCAGUCGGUGGUGCCGCCGGGGUUCCGGUUCCACCCGACGGAGGAGGAGCUCCUCACCUACUACCUCGUCAAGAAGGUGGCCUCACAGCGCAUCGCCCUCGGCGUCAUCCCCGACAUCGACCUCAACAAGCUCGAGCCAUGGGACAUCCAAGCGCGGUGCCGGAUCGGAACUGGCCCGCAGAACGACUGGUACCUGUUCAGCCACAAGGACAAGAAGUACCCCACGGGGACGCGCACCAACCGUGCCACCGCCGCCGGGUUCUGGAAGGCUACCGGCCGGGACAAGCCCAUCUACUCCGCCGCCGGCUCCGGCCGCAUCGGCAUGCGCAAGACGCUCGUCUUCUACAAGGGCCGUGCCCCGCGUGGCCACAAGUCCGACUGGAUCAUGCACGAGUACCGCCUCGACGACGCCGUCCCCGUCAACCCCACGGCCGGCAACGCCUCCUACUACUCCAGUGACUCAUUCCCGGUUCGCGGCGUGGCGGGAGACCAGUCGCCGUCGGCACAGGAGGACGGGUGGGUCAUCUGCAGGGUGUUCAAGAAGAAGAACAUCAUCGUGCAGCGCCAAGCUGGCCAGAACGGGGGCUGUGGCGCAGCGUCCAACAAGCUGGUCGGCGCCGGCGCCAUGGAGCGCAGCCGGAGCAACUGCUCGUCGACGUUGACCGCCGCCAGCGACCACACCAAGGGGCAGAUGAUGCCCUGCACCGCCAGCGACGACGGGCUCGACCACAUCCUCAGCUACAUGGGCCACUCAUCCACGUCAUCGUGCAGGCAUCAGACCAAGCCCGCCAACCCGUCAUCGUCAGCGCUGGACCACCUGAUCAACAGCGCGUGCCACAGCAGCAGCAGCACCCUGUACGACAAGUUCAUGAAGCUCCCGCCGCUCGAGCACGUCGUCCCCGGCGGGCUCCUGCCGCCGCUGACCGAGUACGGCGGCGACUGGGACGCUCUUGACCGGCUGGCGGCGUACGAGCUCAACGGACUCUCUGACUCCGCGAAGGCCAAGACGACCAACGGCAUGUCCUACAUCGUGGACGAGCUCGACGGCGCCACGGCCUACUCCGGCGGUGGCACGGCACACACUUCCUCCCUCACCGGGGACGGCGACGGCGACCUGUGGAGCCUGGCGCGGUCGGCGUCAUCGCUACACGCCGACUCGAUGAUAAACUGUUUUAACGCUGUCGGGUGCUGACACUGUCCUAGCCCAAACUUGCUUAUUCAAUCGCAAUAUAAGGACAUUUUUUGUAUA